GUGUUGGGUUGGGUGCCUGUCGUCUUGUAGCAUGACUACAUGUGGCAGGGCAACCUGUAGGUGAGUGCCCUUAUUUCCUGGAGAGCAUGAGUUGCUAGCGCUUGUCUGCGGCAGGCUGAGAGCAGAGCCCCGUGUCCAGGUCUGUGCGUGCCCGGCUGCCUCGCUUCCAGCUCCACCCAGGGUUAUGCCCAAGCAGCUGUUAGGGCCUGGCCCUGCCGCUGGACCCUGGUAGUGGAAGGAGAUUGCUCUUACAGUUGUCCCUCACAUACCUGUUCUCGGUAGGGUCUUUUCUCAAGAAUGUGACCCAAAUUCCGUUUCUAGAAUGUUCUGGAAAUGUGAGGCAUCCUCCCAGAGCCGGGGCCCAUCCUCCUGUAGCCCAAGCGGGAAGAAGUUCCGCAGCAAGCCGCAGCUGGCGCGCUACCUGGGCGGCUCCAUGGACCUGAGCACCUUCGACUUCCGCACCGGGAAGAUGCUGAUGAGCAAGAUGAAUAAGAGCCGCCAGCGCGUGCGCUACGACUCCUCCAACCAGGUCAAGGGCAAGCCCGACCUGAACACGGCGCUGCCCGUGCGCCAGACAGCGUCCAUCUUCAAGCAGCCGGUGACCAAGAUUACCAACCACCCAAGCAACAAGGUCAAGAGCGACCCGCAGAAGGCGGUGGACCAGCCGCGCCAGCUCUUCUGGGAGAAGAAGCUCAGCGGCCUGAAUGCCUUCGACAUUGCCGAGGAGCUGGUCAAGACCAUGGACCUCCCCAAGGGCCUGCAGGGGGUGGGACCCGGCUGCACGGACGAGACGCUGCUGUCGGCCAUCGCCAGCGCCCUGCACACCAGCACGAUGCCCAUCACCGGGCAGCUGUCGGCCGCCGUGGAGAAGAACCCUGGCGUGUGGCUCAACACCACGCAGCCCCUCUGCAAAGCCUUCAUGGUCACCGACGAGGACAUCAGGAAGCAGGAGGAGCUGGUGCAGCAGGUGCGGAAGCGGCUGGAGGAGGCACUGAUGGCCGACAUGCUGGCGCACGUGGAGGAGCUGGCGCGUGACGGCGAGGCACCGCUGGACAAGGCCUGCACCGAGGAUGACGACGACGAGGACGAGGAGGAGGAGGAGGAGGAGCCCGACCCGGACCCGGAGAUGGAGCACGUCUAGGGCAGGUGCUGCAGACCGCGGGGGCUGCCUGCCACGCACGGAGUGCCCGUCUCCCCGGAGGAGCCCAGGCGUCCCUGUCCCGUGGUCGCUAAAGCCAGCCUUCCCUGUCCUGUCAGCAGCCCUGCCGAGAGCCCGUGCUGUGAGUGCCGCCCACUGGAGCCGCCUGCAGCUGUGGCCCUCGGCCCCACGUGGACCAGGCUUGGGGCACAGCUGGGGCUGCCUCACCAGAAAGACCCUCCCUGCUCAUCCUCUAAAGGGCCCGGGUCCUGCCUGGCUCCCCAUGACCUCAGGGCUUGAGGCCAGCUCCUCCCACGGCUGCUGUCCCCAGCUCCUUGAGACUGGAGAGCGGCCAGCAGGUGCCCGGCAGCUUGGCACCAAGGAGCGCGGCACCUGGGAGGGUCUCUCAGUCUGAAGGCGUGUUUUUGAAACGCACAUCGCCCACUGUGCGGCAGGAGGACGGGACUCUGGUCCUCCGUAAGGGACAUCCAGGAUGGCGCCACCCUCUGCCCUGCCACGAGGCUGGCAGCACCACAGACCCUCACAGCCCAAAUGGCACGCCGGGGAUGCCACGCUCCUUCAGUAAAUCUGUGACCGUCAAGGCUGGACGUGCACAUCACCAGGCAGCCUCUGCUGCUGCAGGGAUGCCAGCCUUUGCUUCCAAAAACCGUACUGCAGCCGCUGCCAGAAUGAUGUCAGCCAACCCCCCGCCUCAGUUUCCCUUCUGUGUAGUGGGGACAUAGGCACCGAGCUUUGGGGUGGUGCUGACGCUCCCAGAGGUGUCAGGAGCCACUUGGACAGGACAAGUCUCCCAGAUGCUUCUUGAGGUGCUCGGGUCUCUGGGGAGCUUCUGGUCUGAGGCCGUCUGAAGGAUCCCAUGUGCUCCUGAACCCCCAGUGCCUCAGUGAGGGCAGGUUCUAGGCCGCAGGGGCCUGCCGCAAGUGAACCCUGGGCUCCUGCGGGUGGCUUCCUCACCUGCAUUGACCUUAGGCCCAUCGAGAGGGCCUGUCCUGGCUCUGCCCCAUCCGGGAUCUGGGAUCUGGUCGCUGCCUCGGGCAGACUGAUGGGCAGAGUCACCCCUGUGGCUGGGCCGUGACCCCUGAUGGUGCCAGACUGGGGGCCGAGGAAGUGCCACUCGGGAGCCAGGCUCGCCACUCUGCCAGGUGCCCUGCAAGGACAGCCACAGGGCAGUGGGCUGGCGGCUUCUUGCUGCUCCCUGUCACAGUCAAAGCACAAAUUUUCAGGGUUGGCUCAAGGGCUGGGCCCCAAGGGACCCUCUGGGUGGGAGCCACAUCUUCCUGGGGUCGGUGCCCUCUGGCCAGGACCCUUUGCCGGCCCGAGGUCCCCAGGCGCUGUGGUGGGGUGGCCUCCCCUCUGUGCCUGGUGGAGGGAGCUGUGGGCAUGGGCACGUGACUGAAUAAAGCCACCGUGGGAUGUGCUUGGA